AGGUUUUUAUUUGCGUGAUGGUUUAAUUUACAAGGCUUCAUAUUAAUUUCUUUAAUUUACACACUUGUUGAUUAGUGAGUUCUGUCAGUAAAACUGAAAGUACACAACGAGCCCGAAACAUUUUGAACACACACUGAACAACAUGUGAGUAUCAGUCUUACUGGAGUACAAGUGCAGACAGUGUUAAGAGUUCUCAAGUAUCUGAUGUUAAAGUAAUCCGAACAGUUAACCCGGACCAUUAUUUUGAAGGCGAGCUCCGGAAGUGCUGUAGCGGUGGGUGUAGCUUGAUGCUAACAGGUGUGAAGAUGUCGGCGGCUCUCGGAGGCUGGAGGAGCCGCGUGUUGACCCUCCGUCCGCCCGGUGUGACCCGUCCGCUGAGGGGGAGUCUCCCGCUGAGGAGUCCGGGCGGAGGACGGCGGCUGUCGGACACACGGACGGGAGCAGAACUUCGACCACUGGAGGGCGUGAGAGUGUUGGACCUGACCAGAGUUCUGGCCGGUCCGUUUGCCACCAUGAUCCUGGGAGACCUGGGCGCUGAGGUGAUCAAAGUGGAGCGACCAGGUCCGGGAGACGACACCAGAGCCUGGGGUCCACCGUUUGUCGGCACCGAGAGCGCCUAUUACCUGAGCAUCAACCGAAACAAGAAGAGCAUCUCUGUGGACCUGAAACAUCCGAGAGGAGCCGGCAUCAUCCAGGAGCUCGCAGCAGUGUGUGAUGUGCUGAUAGAAAACUACCUGCCAGGGAAACUGGAUCAGAUGGGUUUAGGAUACGAGCAGCUGAGAGGAGUCAACCCAGAACUCAUCUACUGCUCCAUAUCAGGUUAUGGACAGACCGGACCUCAGGCCUCCAGUCCAGGCUACGACUCCAUCGCCUCUGCUGUGUCGGGGAUGAUGCACAUCACAGGACCCGAGGACGGGGAGCCGGUGCGUCCAGGUGUCGCCAUGACAGACCUGGCAACCGGGCUGUACGCACACGGAGCCGUCAUGGCCGCCCUGCUGCAGCGACACAAGACGAGGACGGGAGUUCAUAUCGACUGCAACCUGCUGUCCUCACAGGUUUCCUGUCUCAGCCACAUCGCUGCCAACUACCUGAACGCGGGGAAGGAGGCGCGGCGCUGGGGGACGGCCCACGAGAGCAUCGUACCUUAUCAGGGCUUCAGAACCAAAGACGGACACAUCGUCGUGGCUGCAGGCAACGACAAACAGUUUGUCAAAGUCUGUCAGGUUCUGAAGCUGGUGGAGCUCACAGACGAGCCGAAAUACAAAACCAACAAGCUGAGAGUCCAGAACCGUAAAGAACUGCUGCACACACUGUCCCAGAGGUUUCUGCAGGAGAAGACGGCUGAUUGGCUGAGGAGGUUUGAGGGCUCAGGUGUUCCUGUUGGACCAAUCAACAGCAUCCAGGAAGUCUUCUCUGAUCCACAGGUGAAACACAACAGGCUCAUUUUGGAGAUGAACCAUCCAACAGCAGGACGCAUCAGGGUUCCUGGUCCGGCCGUUCGUUUCAGCAGCUUUGCCCACGGUGAGCCGAUGCCCCCUCCUCUGAUUGGACAGCACACUGUGCAGGUGCUGCGACACACCUUGUCUUAUAGUGAUGACGUCAUCAAAACGCUGCUGGAGUCGAGAGUGGUGGCCCAGAAUGAAGUCUCCUGAUUGGCUGAGAGGGGAGCACGCUCACAAGAGAAAUGGAAUCCAUGACGACGAUGACGCAGAGAUUGAUCAGAACAAUUUAGCACCGCUGACAUUUUCUAAAUAUUUAAAUUUCAGUUUAAACACUCCUGAAUGAUGAAGAGCAAACACGAUGAUUGUUAGCAGACAUUCUAUAAAACUGUGAACUGCAAAAUUCAGGCACAAGCAUCUUUAAUAACUGUGUUGAAUGCAACUGCGUGUUGAUUUACAACAGAACUGAGUCAGAACCUCAACAGAUCAGUGUUUCUCAGGUUUAUGGACCUGCUGAUGUCUCGACUCACCGUGUUCACUGUAAAACACGAUGUGAUGAUUUUUUUUUUGCACCAAGGAAGUAAAAUGUUUUCACACCAACA